UACGUUGUUGUGUCUAUUGUUUCGUUUUUGAAGACCACACAAGUUCAGACAGAAACUCAAAUGUUGUUCAAUUGACACUUUAUCUCGUUUUAUUUUACCAACGGCUACUGUCGGUCUGGCACAUCGUUUUUUGAUCUUACGUGAGUUCUGACACAACCCCCAUUCCCAUGGCCUCUGCCCUGAGCCAUCUCUCUCCAAUGUCUGGAAGAGAGAGAGAAGGAUGGAGUGAUGGAGGAGGAGAGGACCGGGUGGAGGAUGAGUUUGCGUGUUCCGGCGCGCUACGCGGAGCCCUACUGUCCUUCCACCCCUCCCUGGAGAGGAUAUUUGGGGUGUCCUUUAUGAUCGGGAGAGAGGAGGAUGCUGUGUUGCCACAUGAUGGACAGAUCUGGCUUAAACUAAGAGGAGGAAGGAACGACGUUGUGGCUGCCAAAUUGUUUGUUAAGGGAGUUGUGAACCAGGAGGCCCCGCAGGAAGUUACGUAUCCAGGGGUCCUUCACUGUGUGUUCUGUGGAGCACGGGGGCUGUUCAUGGACUGCCUGAUCAGAAACACCUCUGCUUGCAUAGUGGUGGUUUCCCCAGGCUUCCUGCUCAUCUCAGGUCUGGCAGAACCAGUGGUCAGGGCCUACUCCCUGAUCACAGACCUUGUGGAGCGCUCCGAGGGCACCCAGGGACGAUUCAGCGAGCCUAGGGACAGGGCAGCAGGCGAGACCCUGGAUUCUCGUCGGGCCUUCAAGUCUCUGGUGGAGAGAUGGGAUGACAGGCACACUCUGGACCUGCUAGUGCUACCGGGAGCAGUGAAGGAGACUUUACUGGGUCUGGUAAGGGAAUCUGGGCUGGGAUCUAACCCUGGUCCCGGGGGCUUGAACCCGGGUCAUGGGGGUUCAAACCCAGGUCAUGGGUGUUUAAAUCCUGGUCCAGGGCUGGGCUCAAACCCCAUUCCAGGGCUGGGCUUGAACCUUGGUCUUGGGGGGUCUAGAGACAGAGUGGGUCUAAUGGACACUGAUACACAGAGACUAUGGGACAGCCAAUUCGAAUUAGAUGCACUAACACUUAUGGAUACCAGAAUAGGGACCAGAGCUGGAGAGGCAAGGGACAUACAGGAAGUACAGGGGAUUUCAAUGACCAAAUCAACGACCAAACCUUCCGAACAUUCCUACCACAACCAAGACCCUGGUCUACAGAAUAUUGGACUGUUUUCUCAACAGACGUUCACUACCGCAACUGUAAAAGUUACAGAGGGAAGCAGAUAUGGGACACAAGGAGGGAUAGGGAUUGGGAACGAAGCAGCCCCCCGAGAUCCCAUCUUCCACUCUUUCCCCCAAAACGAAGACAUUUGUGGCCGAGCCGAGGGGUCGGAGGGGGCAAAAGAGGUACAAGGGCAUUCCCCACAGGAGGUAAAGGAGGAGGGACACCUGGAAGAGGAGGAGGAGAUAGAGACAGAGGAGGGAGAAGGGAACAUGUUGUCAGUAGGGAGCAAGGAGGAGUUUGGCCUGCUUCUGAAGUUCUUCACGGCUAUGGGCUAUGCGGAAGACGUGGUACUGAGGGUCCUAGCCCAGCCCAGACCCAGAGAAGCUUCCCAGAUCCUGGACCUGGUGCAACAAGAGCAGGACCGGACCAGACUGGCCAUGAACAGCCUUGUGGAGCUAGCGCAUAGAGAGGUGGAGGAGAGGGGAAGCGAGGGGGAGGAGAGCGGAGGUGAAGAAGUGAGAGGAAAGAGAAGCGGUAUAGAUAAAAGAGUGGAGAUGGAGGGAGGCGUGGGAGAAGGGGUGAGGGCUAGAGAAGAGCAAAGAGAGGAGAAGGGAAGAGGAGGGGAGAGUGCAGGAUUGUCUGAUGAUUUGUCCAAGGAUUCAACAGAGGUAGACAGGGGGAGAGGUGAGGGGGGCAGGGAGAGCGAUGAAGGGAACAGUAAGGGAGGAGAGGUGGGGAACGAUUUUGUACUGGGGGUGCUGAAGAGGGCUGCGGCCAACUGUGGGUACACAGAGGAGAAGGUAACAGAAGUAUACAGUAUGUUACCUGAACUGUCCAUACGUCAGCUACUCCUGGAGCUACAGAGAGAGGACACCAGAGAGACAGAAGCCAAAUCCCAGGACAGGGUACGUGACGAACCAAGAGAGGUGAAUGAGGUUGUCUCAGAGGUACGGAAAAAGAAGUGCAGAAAAGAGGAAGCGGAGAAGGAGAGGGGUAAAGAGAGGAAGGCACCGGCACAACCAUUCACAACUACUGAAAACCGAGGAGUAGAAAGGAAGAGUGCCAAAGGAAUGAGUGAAAGGAAGACGGAUGAGGUAGGAGGAGUGAAGGUGCCAGACCGAACCGUUGAUGGCCCAGUUAGGGUUGAACCGGAUCUGGCUCAGUGGAAUGCUGUGAUGAACCAGGUUCCGUUCCCGACCCAUGGUCUCCAGAAGAACCCCACACAGACACGACAGCAACCCGGCCAACACACCCCCCGUCGAGCCAGCCCCCCUUUAGUCAGAGGGCCUCCCCAGCCCACCUACCCCAUCACACUACCUCCACAACCCACCAACCUUCCCUUAUUUCCCCAUCAACUCGUUUACCCUCUCAGCCAGCCACACCAGACCACCUUAGACUCCGCCCUCACCGUGAAUAACUCCUCAGCAACCAGAGUGAAGGAGAAACUGGGUUUCCUUACCCUAGCAACAGAGGUUGGAGAAAGAAAGGGUCUCCCUGCCCCGGCUGUUGACAGAUGGGGUCUCCCGCCAAUGGUAGCAGGGUCGUUAGUGACCGGGCAGCAGCGCUUCCUGGAAGGACUACAGACGCCAUUUGACCUCAAGCUGACUGACCAACCAGGAGACCCAGGGCUCAGGAUGGUGGUCAUCGACGGGAGCAAUGUUGCCAUGAGUCACGGUCUGGGUAAUUUCUUCUCGUGUCGAGGAAUCGCCCUGGCCGUGCAACACUUCUGGAACCGCGGCCAUCGCAGAAUCAGCACCUUACUGCCCCAGUGGAGGCAGAAGAGAGACCCCCGGGUCAAAGAGCAGCACUACCUUACUGAGCUCCAGAACCUGGGUCUCCUCUCCUACACCCCCUCCAGAGAGGUCCAGGGGAAGAGGAUAAACUCAUACGAUGACAGGUUCAUGCUGCAGCUGGCCCAGAAGACGGAUGGCGUGAUCGUGACAAAUGACAACCUUAGAGACCUGCUGGAUGAGUCCGAUGAAUGGAGAGACAUCAUCAAGAAAAGACUCCUCCAGUACACGUUUGUAGGUGAUCACUUCAUGGUGCCUGAUGACCCGCUGGGCCGAGAAGGACCCCAUCUGGAUGACUUCCUACGCUUACUGCACAGGACUCCUGUCUCAGGCAGUCACUCAUUUGCGGGCACUGCCUCCACCCCCUUCCCCCAAGCUCCCAGGGCCCAGACAGAGGUCCUGAAGUUCAGGGACAGAACACCUGGUGUAGCUGUAGAGCCAGAGUCCAGCCAGGCCCGCGGCAGAGGGAAAAGGAAGGGGCAGGCUAAGGCUGGACACGGUAGCCCUGGAAUGGACCUUGUUCCAGGGAUGGGCCUUGGCCUGGAUAUGGAGAGGAGUGCAGCAGAGACCUCCAGACUUAGGGAGAGCUUAUCCCAGGUGUUCCCAGGACAAGACAGCAUUGUUACUCUGGUGCUGCAGUGUAACCCUACAGUGACUGACAUCAAUUCACUGUCACACUUUAUGCUGCAGCAACAGAUAGAGAGUGAGCAUGGGGGCGUAGACUGAGUGAUGGGGGAGGACGCUUGUUUGUGUGUGUGUGUCUGUGUGUGUGUGCGUGCGUGUGUUUGAGGUGGUAUUCCAGAAAAAUAAGACUAAUGUUUGAAGACCAAUAACUUUCUUUCUUCCUUUCUAUUCAGUCUAGUCCAUCGUGUGCAUAUUGAUGUAUUCAUGUGUAUUAUUUAAGUGUUUGAAUGAUAGGUUUAGUUAAAAGACAGACAGAUCUUCAAAUUAUGUUUCUUAAUAGAUUUUUAUCCAGUUAAUGUUGGAAACAGGACUUAAAUACUGCAAAACAAUUUUUAAAACAUAUUUCGUACCCUUACAUUUUUAUUUUAUUUUUUGUAUCACUUCUGGCCACUGUUGGAUUUUGUGUUAGGGAUGAGUAGUGUUGCUGAAUUCAGUGUACAAUGUUAUCUAUUGAACAUGACAUUACAGCAUGGAAUUAUUAAGUUGAUGAUGCUCAACUUCCAAUGAAUAAUUUCAAACUCAGAAGUGUCGUACUUCAAUAGUAUAACUUUGUUAAUGUUAUUACAUGAACUGUAGUUUAAAGAGUAAGACAAUUGUUUAUUUUUAUACUGUGUAUUCAUACCAUAAAUGCCGUUUGAAAUAGGAAUAAUAUUAUUGUAAGAAGAGUUAGAAAAUGCAUAUAAACCAUAAUAAGAAUUAACAAAUUGAACAAUCAUUAGUUGGUAAUAUUGAAAAAAUAUAAUCAAUCAAGUCUCAUUAAUCAAUCAACGAAUUAACCAAUUACACAUGUUCUCCUUGUGGGGACUGUUACAUUGAAUGUAACCCACAGAAUGUAAAUUCAAACACACGUUUGUCAUGUUAAGACAGUUGUUUACACUUAGAAAUAACAAGAAAAGUAAGUACAUUGAAUCAAAAACAUGGAAGGUGUUCUACAGGGGUUGAUUCUUGGUCCUGUACUUUUUACUGUUUACAUUAACAAAAUGGACUUGUCUGUAAAACAAUUGUAACCUGCACUUGUAUGCCUAAAGUACUGUUGUUUAAUGCUAUUGUUGACCAAGCAUGGUUGACCAGGCUCUGUCUGAACUACAGUCUGCCGUCAUUGUAUUACAGAAAAACUUUAUUGACCUGAAAUUAGUAUUGAAUACAGGUAAAAGUAUAUGUAGUUCUCUAGAGCACAUAAACAUAGCUCUGUGUUAAGCAUAUGUACUUUGGAUGGUGUCAACAUUGAUUGUGUCCCUGCUUCUAAGUAUCUGUAUAGCUGAAAAGCUGUCUUUUAAAAAGCAUAUUCAUGAGUUAGUUAAGAAGCUGAGAAUAAAAAUGAGCUUCUUCUAUAGAAACAGGUCUUGUCUCUCGAUAAAUAGAGGAACUGGGGCGGCAGGGUAGCCUAGUGGUUAGAGCGUUGGACUAGUAACCGAAAGGUUUCACGUUCAAAUCCCUGAGCUGACAAGGUACAAAUCUGUCGUUCUGCCCCUGAACAGGCAGUUUAACCCACUGUUCCUAGGCCGUCAUUGAAAAUAAGAAUUUGUUCUUAACUGACUUGCCUAGUUAAAUAAAGGUUCAAAAAAUCCAUUUAAAAAAGCAGAUUAUUCCUAGACUAUGGCAACAUCUAUAUGAAAGCAGCUGCUACUUCAUUAAAGCCAUUAGAUGCCGUUUAUCAAAGCUCAUUGCGCUUUGUUUUAGUGCGACAAUUGUAAUGCUCAUCACUCUGCAUUCUCUACCAGAAAGUUGCUUGGCCCUUUUUGAUACAUUGCUUUGUUUUCAUUUAUAAAGCACUUUUACAAAAAAGUCCCACUUUACCUAACGUCAUUACUGAACCUUUGACAUACGAGUUACCACACCUGGCCUUUGUAUUUGUUCUCUACUGAGUUAGGUAAAUCAGCUUUUAGUUUUCAUGCACCUUAUAUGUGGAACGAUCUUCAAAAUGUUCUUAAAUGUGUUGUUUUGGUGCCUCUGUGGCAAUUCAGAAAGCUGAUUUUAGGACCUUAUUACUGAUGAAUGUGUUAUUUGUUUUAUGACCGUGUAGUUUCUUUCCUUCUGCUUGCAUUUCGUAUUUAUAUUGAUGUGUGUAUUUUCUGUCAUUUAUGUCAUUCAGGGCUCAUAAAAUAAAUGUUAAAUAAAUGAAUAAAUGGUGAAA